AAUCAUUAUAAAAAGGAAAAAAAUUACUCCUCUUCUCCCUUCUUCAUCUUCUUCUUCUUCCUCGUUUUAUGAGGAAGAAGAAAUCUCAUGUAAUUAAUUUUCCGCCUCUUGUAGUAUUUUAUUUGAUUGAAUUCACCUCCUCCUCCUCCUCCCCCUGAAUUUGUUUUGGGGUUUGGCCUAUUUUAGUUAUUAUGGGGACUGAAAUUUUACGGCGACAGGAUUGUUUGUUUGAUCGGCUCCGGCUAUCUCCGGCGGCAUGUUCUCACCGGAGGCAUGGUGGUUAUAAUUAUAACGCCAGGUUUAAUAGGAAGCCGGUCAGGUCGGAGCAGAGAAAGCGAUCGGAGCCAACGAUCUGUAAGAGGUCGAGUUCUGUGGAUGAUAUGAAGACGGUUAGGAACAAUUUGGUGGUGGAGAAGGUGAUAACUGUGAGGCGGGGAGAGUCGUCGGGGUUGAGGAUCAGGAAUGGCAAGUCGUUAAAGAGGAAGGCCGAUCGGUUGGUGCCGAAUCUGGAGAUUGUCCCGAGGGAGAUCCGGAUCGUGGAUAUAAGAUUUCCGCAGAAAACCGAUGUGUACGCCGGAUCGGCCUUCGUGGUCUCUCCGGCGCCGAGUUCGCUUCCGUUGCCGUCCUUCUCAACAAAGAAACAGGCUCAGGUUUAUAACUCGGCCACUCGUGAUCUCAGGCGGUUGCUCCGGCUCGAUCUGUGAUAUCUCUUUCUCCCCCGUCAACCACAAUCCCGUAAUUUUUUAGCAACGGGGUGGAUCUGAAAACCAGAGAAAAGUACUGGACCAAUUUUUAAAAAAUAUACUUGCAAGUAUGGGGGUUGUUUGAUGGGCUUCAUAAAGGAGUAAGAAAAAGGAAGGGGUCAAAAAUAGGAGAAAAAAUGAAAUGUGGACUUGAUAUGUAAUAUUAGUAAGUAGCAUGGGGAUGGAAAUGAAUUACUGUUUUGCUGUGAGUGUUUUUACUAUCUGUUGUGGAUUUAGAAAAUAUAUGGAUAAAAUUUUA